AGUCAGCUGAAACUGAAACUGAGGUCCACUGUGUCCCAGGACCAGCAUUAAGAGUCGACGUCAAACAAUUGAUCAGUUCCAGUGCUGAUUGUGAGAUUAACACACAUUUGAUGACCAAGUUAUGCAGAAUUAAGUGGGCGAAAAACACAGUUUCAAAACACAUUAGACAUCUUGUGACUUCACGUUAAAGACUUCAUGUGGUCAUCAUUUCUACACAUCAGUAUCAGUUUCCCGACCGAUGCUGCCCUGUCACCGGUGAGACUUUGUGAGGUGUCACAGGGUGUGGAAACAUGCACACAUCGUUUUAUAAUUCACACAGAUUUAUUUUAAUCCAGAAUCUGGUAAAUUCGGCGUCUGAACAGCUGACAGCACAGCCUCCAACAUACCAAAGCUACUGAUCCUUGGAAUUAAUGAGGCGGUUAAGUGCUUACUCAUCCUGCAAACAGCUCUUUCUACACGCCGAAUCAAACUCCCUCAGCCAAUCACGACUCUCCCUCCUCCCUGCACGCAGCAGUCAAAAACAGCACGAACCCUCGAGGAGGUUCCCACAGAGCUUUCUGCAAAGCAAGCACGGUCCUGUCGAGAGGCAACACGAUGAAGAUGAAGAGCUUUGGUGUUCUGAUGUGCGUCCUGGCAGCGCUGUGCACGGCUGAGGGCUUGUUGGGGAAAAGAAGAUGGAAGAAAGCUGCUUUCUCCUCCUCCUCUUCAUCGUCUUCGUUCUCCUCCUCCUUUGAAAGUUCAGGUGAGCUCUGUCUUAACGGGGGCACGUCCGUCCCGUCCCUGACCGGCGGUGAACACUUGUUUUGUUUGUGUGCCGACGGUUUUGAGGGGAAUAACUGCGAAAGAGUGAAACGUGGUCACUGCUACGAGGGCGUGGGGCUGUACUACAGAGGCACGGUGUCUAAAUCAGCGAGUGGACGCACAUGUGAGGAGUGGGACUCAGCCACCAGGGAGCUGUACAUGUCCUCAGAUGUCAAUUCAGGGAGGCACAACUUCUGCAGAAAUCUUUACUUCAGACGCCGUCCGUGGUGUAACGUCUGGAGAAACCGGCAGCUGGUGUGGGAGUAUUGUGAUGUUCCACGCUGUAGCUUCGAGUCGCCUCCAGCCCCGCCUUCGCCUGCACCCACUGAUCCCGAGCCAGCUGCGGAGCUGACAUGUGGCCAGCGCAGCAGACGAAAGCUGAUGAAGAUCGUGGGUGGAACAGUUGCCACUGUGGAAUCCCACCCGUGGGUCGCCGCCGUAUUCUGGCGCAGCAGAUCCAAGGAGAAGGUUUUCCGUUGCGGGGGCAGCCUGAUCUCAUCCUGCUGGGUCCUCACAGCUGCCCACUGCUUCGCUGACGGCUCCCACAGCAAAGCUCGCCGCUUCUCCGUCAUCCUGGGGAAAAACUCUCUGAACGAGAGCGAGCCAAGCGUGGAGCAAACGUUCAGGGUGGAGGAGAUCAUCGUCCACGAGGGGUUUGACAACAGCCAGGGGAACUUCAACAAUGACAUUGCCCUGCUGAAGCUGAAGGCCAGAGAUGGGAAGAAGUGCGCAGAGGAGAGCCGCUCGGUGAAGUCCGUCUGCCUGCCGCCGCCUCGGCAGAGCCUCCAGCCCGGCCUCACCUGUGAGAUCGCAGGAUAUGGGAAGGAGCAAUUUGGUCUGUGGUAUAAGUCUCAGUACCUCAGAGAGGCUCAGGUGAACAUUCUCGCAGACGAUGUGUGUCGACACGAAGACUAUUAUGGAAACAUGAUCACUGACAACAUGUUUUGUGCCAGCCGGCCCGACUGGAGCCAGGAUGCUUGCGAGGGAGACUCCGGAGGGCCUCUGGUGUGCGAGGUCGGCGACAGGCUCUUCCUGUUUGGGGUUAUCAGCUGGGGCGACGGCUGCGCAAAAGAGUUCCGACCCGGCGUUUACGCCAGAGUGACCAACUACAAUCGAUGGAUAGAAGAGAAGACGGCGCUGCCAUCCAUCGCCGCAGGCUCCAUGUAUCCUCAGAAGUGAAGACGAAGGAGAGCGAGAAUCUGCAACUUAAACGGCAUAAAGCCAUGAAGCUGCAGCUCAGUUUUCCCAAAAGUUGGAUCUGGAUCAGCCUCUCUCCCUGUGGCGUGGACCACCGGUACGAAAACAGACGACCCUUCAAUGAAAUGAACUGAAUCCAGCCUUAGUCUGGAUAAAAGUGUGGGACCAACCAAUACAGUGCAUGUUGUUUGUUGAUGAUUUAUUCGUCUUUAAUCUGUUUUCUAAAAAGUAACUUCACUCCAUCAGAUGUAGCUUUUGUCUCUGCUGCUUCACGAUGUUUUCCCACAUUUGUUCUGUGGUUUUUGGCACUUCACUGCACUUUAUGCUCAGCUACGAUGUAGAGUUUUAUAUUUUUGUUGAUGUUUUUGUUCAUAUUGUUGAGAAAUAAACUAAUUUUAUACGUUUAU